AAGAGUGUUUGUGGAUGACUGAGCUCACAGACGCUCAGUCACAGCGCGGCGAGCAGGCUCACAGACGCUCAGUCAACAUGUUUGAGACACUGCAGGGGAACAUUCUGGUGACCGGCGCCAACAGAGGCAUCGGACUGGAGCUGGUGGCACAGCUGGCCCAGCAGGUGGGCAAGGACGCUCACCUGUUCGCCUGCUGCAGGGAGCCAGAGGGCAGCCGAGCUCAGGCUCUUAGAGACCUCAGCGCUCAGCAUCCUGGAAAGAUCACAACAAUCUGCCUGGAUCUGUCCGAUGAAGAGAGCAUCUCUGCAGCCGUCCAGGCGGUAAGCGAUCAGAUCGGAGAUGGCGGUCUGAACCUUCUCAUCAACAACGCCGCCAUCAACACACCAGCUAAGCCGGCGCCACUAUCCACCACUGAGAAACAACACAUGAUGGAGGUCUACGAGACCAACGUGGUGGGACCGUUCCUCCUAGCUAAGAAGUUUCUUCCACUCCUCCAGAGGGCAGCAGAGAGCUACACACCUGAACACGACACAGGUGGGAAAAUGUCGUGUAGGAGGUCGGCCAUCAUCAACAUGUCCACCCUCAUCUCCUCCAUACAGAAGUGUCCGGAAAACUUCUCUUAUGCUCAGAUGUACCCGUACAGGACCAGCAAGGCUGCUCUCAACAUGCUGACUCGCUGUCAGGCCGAAGACUUCAAGACUCACAACAUCCUGGUGGUGGCGAUCCACCCGGGCUGGGUCCGCACCGACAUGGGAGGAGACCAGGCCCCGUUGACCACUCAAGACAGCGUAGUGAGCAUGCUCGGUUUGAUGUCAUCACUCAGUGACGAGGAUUGUGGGCAACUUCUGGACUAUCAGGGCAGCGCCAUCCCCUGGUAGCAGGCAGAACAACAUCAGCUGACAGAUGGGACUGAUACAUUAAAACUUUGAUCUCGAGUGCUGUUGUUUGAAACUGUUCUCUAAAUCCACAUGUCGGCAUAAACAUUUAAUAAAUGUUCAUAUUCAAGUACA